AGAGGGCCGCCGCCCAGUAGUAGGCUCUGUGUUAGCCAGCCGAGCUGCGGUUUCUGCGGGGUGUGAGUGAGUCCGGGCCCGGUCCCCUCUCCCGCCGCCGCCAUGGGCUGCACGUUGAGCGCCGAAGACAAGGCGGCGGUGGAGCGGAGCAAGAUGAUCGACCGCAACUUGCGGGAGGACGGGGAGAAAGCGGCCAAAGAAGUGAAGCUCCUGCUACUCGGUGCUGGAGAAUCUGGUAAAAGCACCAUCGUGAAACAGAUGAAAAUCAUUCAUGAGGACGGCUAUUCAGAGGAAGAAUGUAAACAAUAUAAAGUAGUUGUCUACAGCAAUACUAUACAGUCCAUCAUUGCAAUCAUAAGAGCCAUGGGACGGCUAAAGAUUGACUUUGGAGAAGCUGCCAGAGCAGAUGAUGCCCGGCAGUUAUUUGUUUUAGCUGGCAGUGCUGAAGAAGGAGUCAUGACUCCAGAACUAGCAGGAGUGAUUAAACGGUUAUGGCGAGACGGUGGGGUGCAAGCUUGCUUCAGCAGAUCUAGGGAAUAUCAGCUCAAUGAUUCUGCUUCAUAUUACCUAAAUGAUUUGGAUAGAAUAUCCCAAAGCAACUACAUUCCAACCCAGCAAGAUGUCCUGCGGACGAGAGUGAAGACCACAGGCAUUGUGGAAACACAUUUCACCUUCAAAGACCUAUACUUCAAGAUGUUUGAUGUAGGUGGCCAAAGAUCAGAACGAAAAAAGUGGAUUCACUGUUUUGAGGGAGUGACAGCAAUUAUCUUCUGUGUGGCCCUCAGUGAUUAUGACCUUGUUCUGGCUGAGGAUGAGGAGAUGAACCGAAUGCAUGAAAGCAUGAAACUGUUUGACAGCAUUUGUAACAACAAAUGGUUUACAGACACUUCAAUCAUUCUCUUCCUCAAUAAGAAAGAUCUUUUUGAGGAAAAAAUAAAGAGGAGUCCAUUAACUAUCUGUUAUCCAGAAUACACAGGUUCCAAUACAUAUGAAGAAGCAGCGGCUUACAUUCAGUGCCAGUUUGAAGAUCUGAACAGAAGAAAAGAUACCAAGGAGAUCUACACUCACUUCACCUGUGCCACAGACACCAAGAAUGUGCAGUUUGUUUUUGAUGCUGUUACAGAUGUCAUCAUUAAAAACAACUUAAAGGAAUGUGGACUUUAUUGAAGAGUGUGGAUGUUAAUAAAAGUUAUUACAGUGUGGAGUGUUGAGACCAGACUUCUUUUGCUGUCUCAUUGGGCAGCUGCAAGCAUGAUCGGGACCAGGGAAUGGCAGCAGCAUGCAGAAUCUUAGCACUCUUUAGCACAGUCUUCUGUAUUAGGAAACUCUUAAUUGACACGAGAUGCUAAAGUCAUACCUUGGAAUUGGAACAACUGUAAAGUAUGAUUCAGUCAUCAAGAUGUCACUUGGAUUUCAUAAUCUCAAAUGUUUAGGGCAGAUGUGAAGUUGAGGUGCUGCAUUCCAGAACUUCAAUAUGUAGCUUACUCUUUUUAUUUCCCUUCUUAAAAAACCACCAGUAAUUUUUAAAGUUUUUUUUUCAUCAAGAGAAGAAUAACUUUACUAAAUUUUAUUUCUUUGUUUGCAAAAGAGUCUUGAUUAAAACACAGUCUUAACUAUGCACACGAUGUGACCAGCUCAUCUUGAAAAUAUUCCUCUUAGUAGGAACUCUUUGUUUUUAACUCUUGGUAUGGUCCAAAUAUAAUAUUUCCAUAAUUACUUAAUUCUUUACAGUUAUUGGGGCUAUAAUUAUAACUUUUUUGGGUGAAAUUUAUGUUACUGUCCUGUUCAAAGUACCAUUAUGGUUCUAAAUGGUGAUUACAUUGGAGAGUUCUGUAAUAAGAUUCUAGCUCUCUCUUUUUGAAGUUUAUGGCUGAAAGUUACCUGGUUUAUGCUGAUUACCAAAUUACUAGAUAAAUGCUGAUGUAGUAUGAUAAAAUCAACUUCUUGGAUAUGGACACACUUGGGGGCAGCUGCCAAUUAGAAAUGCAAAUUGCUAAAUUUCAAACAGAACCAGUGACUUUGCUGCUACAUAUCUACUAAAUUGGCCACUUUGAUUCUUGCUUGUUUGUGUCAGUCAGAGGGAGUUCUGUAAAAGAUGCCCCUUGUUUUCCAUCUUCCAUGGCUUUUUCUGUUGGGAAAUUUCUAAAGUGUAUUAACAGUGCAUGCUUUUACUUUGUAAAUGUGGUGCCAAAUCCCUGUUUGCCAUUGUUUUUAUUGUAGCAAUGUUAAUUGUAGUAAUCCUUAGUCAGUAUCUUCUUUUGCUGAAACUGUUGCAUUUUGGGACUUUUUUCCACUUUGUCGUGUGUACAGAUUUUAAUCUGUUAUAGUUGGCAGCAGUAUUAAAAUGGUGAGUAAAGAGUC